CUCCAGUGACCUCCAAUGCCCAAAGCUCCCAUCCAACUUCAACAGUGUAAUCCGCCGCCGAGCCACGUCCGCCCGCCAACAGCCCUCCCUCGCAGUAUUCGCACACAACAACAGACGGCCAUGGGCUAGAAGACCCGUCGAUGCCUUCUCGCAAUCGCUACGCUGAAGCCUAGUCCAACGCUCCUGUCCCGCGCUUCCCCUCCGCCUCCACCUCCGUAUCGAUAUCACCAUGGACUAUCCAACUGCUUCAAUCGGCUCCCAGGCCCUCGCGCCUGAGAAGUCCUGCGAGCUCUACAUCCGCGACUACCCCUACCGAUCCAUCGCCAUCGUCUCCGCCUCCCACGCCCUGAUUCUACGAUACACUGCCUCGACCAGCGAAGCCAUUGCCAAUGGCUCGCUUACAUCUGUCGCGUCUGCCCGCCCCCGUGGGAACGGCGGGGAGUCGCCCGUCUCCAAGUGCAUGGUCGAGUUUGCGCCCGUUUCGCAGCGCUUGCUACAAGACUACCGCCGCCUGACACAUCGACCGAUUUAUGGAACACUGGGCUUGAUUGCCGUCAACGGCGAAGUCUUCAUAUCCGUCAUCACACACGCCUCCAGGGCCGCCACGGUUCGACCAGGCGAGACGGUCGAGCGCAUUGCCGGCGUGGCCUUUUACUGCCUGAGUAGCGCCGACUACGAUGAUGUCGUGCCCCUCGAGUCCCUCGAACCCGAAUUCUCCGACGCCACAUCUGUCUAUACCCAAUCAUCCGCCUAUAGCCAAGGGUUGAGCCGGAGGGAAGUGCCAGUAGAGCAUCCCUGCCAUGAGCUGCGCACCCUCCUUAGCAAUGGAUCUUUUUACUACAGUACAGACUUUGACGUCACCAACAGAGUGCAGGACAGGCCGAUAAACUCCAACUCCUUCGAGAUCGACAACUUUGACGACGUGUUCCUAUGGAACUCGUUUAUGAUCAGCCCUCUAGUGCAAUUCCGCUCACGGCUCAUGCCACAGGAACGAGAAGCGCUCGACACCUCACGAAUUCUGACAUCAGCCAUCCGAGGCUUCUGCAAGACGAUGACGAUCCCACAAAGCUCUUCGCCGCUCAAGACAUCCAAAAACGGAAUGCCCUCGUACAUGACCCUUAUCUCGCGACUAUCCUGCAGAAGAGCAGGCACUCGUUUCAACGCCCGAGGUAUCGACGAUGAUGGUCAUGUUGCCAACUUUGUCGAGUCGGAAACGACCUUCUGGAGCCCUUCAGGAACUCUCUUCUCGUAUGCCCAAGUUCGAGGGUCUGUUCCUGUAUUUUGGGAACAAGCAGCAGAUUUAAUACCAGGUCGGCAAAAGAUUACGGUCACUCGGUCUCCAGAUGGCACCCAACCAGCGUUUAACAAGCACUUUGAGGAGCUCGAGCAGACAUAUGGUGCGGUCCACAUUAUCAAUCUUCUCAGCGAAUCCAAGCCAGGAGAGGUUGAACUCAGCAAUCUCUAUCGCAACGGCGUCAGACACUGCCCAUUGAGCCGACCAGGCCCCGACGGCUCUUGGGACCAUGCGCUUCUGCGCGAGACCCACUACGAUUUCCAUGCCGAGACCAAAGGACCUGCAGGGUACGAGGCAGCGCGCGAGAUCCGGCGAUACAUUGAAGACUCGACAGAUGGCUUUGCAUACUUCCUCUCGGAAGAGGCCAGCGAUUCACACGAGGUCUCCUAUAGAUCUGCACAUAGCCGUCUGGUCGUGGUGCUCCAGCAAGAAGGGGUUUUCAGAACCAACUGUCUUGAUUGCCUUGAUCGAACAAACCUUAUCCAGACUCUCAUCUCGCAGAUGGCAGUGGAGGCUUUCCUUGGACACAGAGGCGAGUUUGCGGCGUCCGAUUUCUGGAUGAGACACUCCAGUCUGUGGGCAGACAACGGUGAUUCGCUUUCCAAGAUCUAUGCUGGAACUGGCGCAUUGAAGUCAUCAUUCACACGCCAUGGAAAGAUGUCCUUGGCGGGAGCGGUUGCUGAUGUGCGCAAGUCUGUUCAGCGCAUCUAUCACAACAAUUUCCUCGAUCCUUCUCGGCAAAUUACGAUUGAUAUGCUGCUGGGCCGCCUUGUUGGGCAGACCCCCGUUCACCUAUUCGACCCCAUCAGCGACUUCGUGUCGGUCGAGUUGGCCAAGCGAAGUGACGAGUUCUCGUCGAAAAAUAGCAUAAAUAUGUGGGUUGGCACAUUCAACCUCAAUGGGCGAACUGAAGGAGUCGAUCAUGAUCUGGGACCAUGGCUUUUCCCACCGUCUAUGGGUAAUGCCCAGCCGGAGAUAUACGUGGUCGGGUUCCAGGAAAUCGUGGAAUUGAGCCCACAGCAAAUUAUGAACAGUGACCCAACUCGAAAGCACAUGUGGGAGACUGCGGUCAGAGGUAACCUAAACGAACGGCAGAAGCGACUAGGAGGUGAAAAGUACGUGUUGUUGCGAAGUGGGCAGCUUGUCGGUGCUGCCCUUUGCAUAUUUGUCAAGACGUCGGCUCUGGACAAUAUUAAGAACGUUGAGGGCAGUGUCAAGAAGACAGGCAUGUCUGGAAUGGCCGGCAACAAGGGCGCAGUUGCAAUUCGGUUUGACUAUGCCAACACGCACAUCUGUUUUGUUACAGCACAUUUGGCAGCUGGGUUUGCGAAUUACGAUGAACGAAAUCGGGACUAUGCUACAAUCCACCAUGGACUGCGAUUCCAGAGGAACAGAGGCAUUGACGAUCAUGACGCUGUUGUAUGGCUGGGUGACUUCAAUUACCGUGUUGGCCUGAGCCUUGAAACAGCACGGAGCCUGGUUCAGAAGCGUCAGUUCGGGGUUCUGUACGAGAAUGACCAGUUGAAUUUGCAAAUGGUUGCUGGGCUGUCGUUCCCCUUCUACUCGGAGGCCCGUAUCAACUUCGCACCAACGUACAAGUUUGACAUUGGCACCGACACUUAUGAUACAUCUGAAAAAGCCCGCAUUCCUGCCUGGACAGAUCGCAUUCUCCGAAAAGGAGCCAACCUUAGACAACUCUUGUACGACUCGGCGCCUCUCAAGUUCUCAGACCAUCGCCCCGUACAUGCUCUCUUUGAAUGCAAAGUGAGCCUAGUCGACGAAGCACUGCGCGAAACGAUCAGCCAGGAGCUAUAUCAACGCCGCAAAGCCGAUGUUGGGGAUUCAACGGCGCAUGCGGGCGGCGAUGAGGACACUGAAGAUGAAGACCUCAUCGGUUACGAUUCCGUCGAGCCCGGUCUCCCACCAGCCAGCUCAGACCGUCAGAAAUGGUGGCUCGAUAACAAGCAGCCUGCGCGAGCGACGGUGCCUAUUCCCAGGGAUCGAAACGGGCAGUCCAUGGGUCUCAACCCUGGGCGUGCAUCAAACCCGUUCGGCCAAAACGAGGAACAAGACUGGAUUUCAAUUCCCAGGUCAUCAUCCAAAGCUUCUCUCUCGAGCAUGUCGAGCUCUCCUUUUGAAAAGGUCAUGCUUCCACACGCCAUGGGGGCGUCCGCGUCAAGUAUUCCGCCUCGCAAGCUACCUCCGCCGUUCGACCCCUCUACCCUCCCGGCCAAGGUCGGGCGGAUGAGCCUCGCUGACGAUUCUGGACCCGGAAGCCGGGGCGAAACGCCUCCACCUCCUCCGCCUAGGCGUCAGACGGGGGGCAUGGCAGCUCCGGUGACGAUGCCGGCGACUGGGCUUAAUAGGACACAGACCCAACCGGUACAUGCGCCUCUCAGACCGCUCUCAGCGGCCUCGCACACGUCGCAUUCUUCACAUGGCGUUAGGAGCGCUAAGUCUCCCCCGCCUGUCGCGAAGAAGCCGGCUCAUCUAGCUACGAUAUCACCGUUAGCAAGCCCGGUACCCAAUCACAACCCCAUGGACGACGGGGAGUUCCGUCCGCCAUUGCCCACGCGCGCUGGGACUGCAGGCCCGUCGGGUAUCACAUUGCCAUCUGGGCAGACGUUGACAUCGACGAGGAAACCCGUGCCAUCGCCGAAACCCGCGGUGAACGCAUUAGGGAUUAGGGCAUCAGGGACACCGCCCAUGGGAGCAGUAGGCUUGCCCGGCAUGACGGGUGGAGAAGGCCGGCCGAUGGUCGCGGCCCGCCGUGCGCCACCGUCGCAAGCGCAACCGUUGUCGCAAGAACAUAGGAAUGGACACGGGCAACGCAACGGCAAUGGCAAUGGCAAUGUAGACUUGUUGGACUCGCUGGAUGAAGGCCAAGAGGUGGGAGGCUGGGAGACUCUGAAACCGAGCACGAGGGCAUGAUAUAGCAAGACAGAGAGACGGAUUGGGAAAAUAUUGGAUUGAUCGGGUUGGCGCCAUUGAAUUAUGGGUGUUGUAUGUUUGUUUCGUGUCAUGAGGUACAGUAUAGACGAGCGGAUGGGGGUAUUAUCCAAGGACGAAGUAGGCAGGGUAAGACAAAAAAGGGGUCUGGAUCAUCAGAGAAUACCAUAUAUGAAGCACGAGUUUAGAGAGGGACAGUGAGUGUGUGUGCCCUCUGAGACGUCGGUCCUCGCGUGAGGCCUCGAUGGGAAGAAUGCGGCCAGCCACGGAAUGGCCUCGUGAGCGAGGGGAAUGUCGGGAUGUCGUGUGUCUCGGGAUCGAAGUAGUUGCAUGCACCCAUGCGUCUAAGUAAU